UUUUUUUUUUCCCUCUCUCUCUCUCUCCUGCUUCUGCAAACACGUGGUCAUCGGCUGGCUCUUUUUGCAGCUGGUUCCAGCAGAGGUUUUUGUCCGGAGCAGAGAGAGGACGACCUCGAGGAGCGUGCGAGCUCCCCGGCGGAGCGCUUCGCAGGAGAUGGCAGCUCCGGGCCUCCGCCUGGCUGGGGCCACCCUGCUCAUCCUCUUCGAGGCUCAGACAGCAACUUCAGCUCCCUUUAACGGCUCAAAGUGGACUUAUGGGGGUCCUGAUGGAGAAAAAGCGUGGUCAAGGUCCUACCCCUCCUGUGGGGGACAGUUACAAUCUCCUAUCGACUUUCACAGCGAUAUCCUCAAGUAUGAUUCCACCCUCGCAGCCUUAGAACUGGAAGGCUACAACGCAUCCCACCCCGGAAAUUUCAACUUGACUAACAACGGACAUUCGGUCAAACUGAGCCUUCCCGCCCACCUGCACAUCCGUGGGCUCCCGGCCCGGUACAGCGCGGCCCAGCUGCACUUGCACUGGGGGAACCCGAACAACCCGCGCGGCUCCGAACACACCAUUGCCGGCAGACACUUUGCAGCUGAGCUGCACAUUGUAUAUUACAAUUCAGACCGUUACCCGGAUGCAGCGACGGCAUCCGACAAACCAGACGGACUGGCUGUUUUGGCUUUUCUUAUUGAGGUGGGCCCUUUCAAUCCAUCAUACGAUAAGAUCUUCAGUCAAUUUCAGAACAUUAAAUACAAAGACCAGAAAGUCACCAUCCAGGGUUUUGAUCUCCAAGAACUCCUCCCUGACCAGCUGGAUGAGUAUUACCGCUACAAUGGCUCCCUGACCACCCCUCCCUGUUAUCCCAGCGUUCUCUGGACCGUCUUCCGAGAAACCAUCAAGAUUUCCCAGGACCAGCUGCUGGCCCUGGAGACAGCUUUCUACUGCACGCUCAUGGAUGACCCUUCUCCCUUAGAAAUGGUUAACAACUACCGGCAAGUCCAAGAGCUUAAAGAGAGAUUUGUGUAUGUCUCUUUCCACCAAGACCAAGACCCUGUAGCCGCAGGACUGAGCAUGGGUAUUAUUCUGUUGGUGGUGUUAGCCUGCGUCCUUGGAGUCUGCCUCGUCCUUGCCGUGUCACUUUGGCUGCACAGAAGGAUGAAGCGGACCAAAAAAGGAGAGGACAACAAGGGAGUGAUUUACAAGCCAGCUGUCAAGGAGGAUGCUGACUCCUCCAAUGCCUGAGCCCUUUCCCGGCCCGAACCCGCUUUCUGGCCGGUGGGGCAAGAGAAGAAAUUUGCCUUGGACUGUACGUGUCUCUUGCCUCGACUUGCAGGCGUUUCCCCCUCUGCAGAACAGCCGAGCAUUCCCUCAGCUCUUGUCCUUCCUAGCUCAAGCACGACGCGUCCCAGGGGUGAAGAGUCAUCGCCUCAGCUCUUUCUUUUGCUGCGUCCAACAGAAAAGCAUCUGGGCCUGGAAGUUCUGAGUAAGACAUGGGGCCUAGUCGCUUUCCAACACCCCCGAACAAGGAGAGGUACCCCCGAUCCAGUGGCACAAGACCAUCUUGGUUAUGGGCCAGCUGCCUAUGGCAUGGUCCUCGACAGGCAUAUUUCCUCAUUCACUGAGGCUUCAGUCUCAUGCCAUGUUCUUGCCACGUGCAUCUUUCCAGAAAGGCUCAGGUUAACGCUUCCCUGCUGCUGCUAAAACCUUCUCCCCACUCCACUACGAUGCCAUGCUAUGUUAGGGCCAGGGUACAGGCAGAAAAAGGAAGGUCAGAAAACCACAAACCUAACAUUUUCAGGCUGGGCCUUGACUGUGCUAAUCCUGGGAACAACAGGUGGGAUUCAGCAAUGGUGUGCUGAUAAAAGAAUUUGUCUAUUAGGAAACCCUGCCUGCACACUUCCUGCCUGGGUCAUCAGAAGAUUCUUCAAAAAGCUAGUUUUCCAACCUGUCAUCACCAACUUCUAGCUGUGGUUUCUGAAGAAAUCUUGGGCUUCCUAGCUUGGUGUGAGUAUCACCUGCUCUCUGCUCCUGACUCCGGCAGUGGCCACCCUACUAUCACAGCCUUAGUGGUUUCUCUGGACAGUAGCUGGGGGAAAAGAAAACCAGAAAAGACAACUUAGAAGAACCAAGUUGAUAGCCCUUGAGGCCAUUCCUCUGGAAUGUGAUUUCCUGCCUCAUGCUGAUUCAUGGAACUCCUCCCCAUUCCACUGGGGCAGGGUGUGGAGGAAAAGAUGACUUGGGGGUGGGGGGUGAGAGGGGUUUUGAGCUCUCAGAAUGGAGAGAAUGGUUUCCUUCUGCUGCUCUCCAUCCUGGAGAAGCGAGUAUGUGAAUUUCAAGUCACCGGUCACCUCGGCGGGGACUCAAACACCUGCCUCUGAUCCUGGAGGGAGUCCAGAAGGGAGCAAACCUGCACUCCUCUGCGGGAACAAGAGCAGUUAAAUGAGGCUGGAAGUUUGGGCUGAGUUUCUUUGGGUCUGGAAUCCUUUCCCUGCCUUCCCUGAAAGAGCAUUCCUACUCAAGAAGGCUGAAUACAGACAUUGGAGGGGUUGGUCCAUUUUCCCCUUUCAAAGAUAACCCCUUUUGUAGCUUAUCGAGUAGGAAGUCUUCCCCAGAAUUCACUCAUCUAACCCUCCUGUAAGAUUCCGUCCAUCACCAUAGAGGAAGGAUGUGCUUUGCCCCAGCAACACAAGGAACCCUUGGGAAUUCAGGGGCAAAGUGGACAUAUUGCAUCGUAGGACCAGAAGGGACAUAGUCUGGGAAGGAGAAUUCCAACACAGCCUCCAAAAUUGCUCUAGGACUUCUGGCUCGGUUUCAUCAGAGACAAUGAAUUGAAACUGCCUUGGUGCCUUCAGCCCCGCAUCAGCAACUCUGGGAUUUCUCUGUGGACUCAUCCAUUCACCUCAAUCACACACACUCCUGGUGUCUCUGAGUUUGUCAGAAUUUACCCCUGUGGUGAUUGAUUCACUUCUGCACCGCCGAUUCACCCAAACUUUCCAGGGUUCCUUUGAUUUCCCCUUUCGUCAGUAUGGGAGCCUGUCUAGAAUUUCCAUAUUUAUUGUCUAAAUGCUGGAAUGGAAAUGUUCACUGUAAAUGCAGGAAAUUCACAUUAAAUUAUGGAAUCUGG